GCGCGGCUUGCUGCUGUCUUGAGGUAUUCAGUUACAUAUAAUUGUUAGUGUACUGGUAUCCAAACGGAUUCGUUUUAUUGGCUAGGCAACAUGACUUCUGUUGUCAAUCGUUUUGAUCUUUUUACAUGUCUGCUAAAUGUUGAGAAAUCUAGGGUUAAUUUACAUUUCCUUAUCAGUAAUUCCACAAUUAACCCGACUUAUUGAACCAAAUGGUGGAAUAUGUUUUAUCCUAGAUGACAAUUUUUUAGAACAUUUUCAAGCUCAAUAAUUAUUGUAUAUGAAAUAUAGGAUUAAGGUUGAGUAAAAUAUGAGAAAGUGUGAUGUGAAACCAAUAUGGAAAAGUGGGAAAUACGGGUAAAGCGAGUAAUAUGUGUUACGUUCUAGCUAUUAUAUGCCACCUUGAAUAAGGGAAGUAGCCUCAAUUGAUUCAAAUAUUCUGGAGAUGCAUGUAAUACUCUGCAGUCCUGUCUGAUUUUAAGUCUAAUUGCUUUCCUAAAUAUUCUCACAGACGUUGAGUCUGCUAAAGUAAUUAUAAGUCCAGUUCCGGCAUUCUGAGUGAUCUGCACCAACCUUCUUCAUUUGUGGUUAAAUUAUAAUCUUGAAAGCACCUAUAAAUUUUGCUGAAAUUAUUCUACCCAGUAGGGAUCAUUACAAACAUAGCGCUUUUUUGAGGUCUAUUGUGUAUAUCAAAAUGACAUAUUCAUUCUGAUUAAGAGAAUGAAAUACCGAAUCUAGUCACUUAGGUUUCAUGGAAAUAUGACGCUUUCCCUAUGUGUACAGCUUGAUAUAGAAGUGCAAACACGUGUUAAUUGUAUUAUAGAUAUUGGCCACUACUAGUAACAUCCACUCUCUUUAAACCUAACAUGUAAUUGUGGUUUAACUUAACAACCUGGUCUGUGAAAAGUAACUUAGGACAACGUGUAUUUAACGUAGAUGGCACUUGCAUAGUGGUGGUAUUGUAAGCUCUUCUAAAUUUCUCUGGUAUGUGUUUAUUCGAAAUUCUGUCUUGUAAUGACUAAAAUAAUCUUUAAAGGUUUUCUUAAUUAUUGCUGAAAUUUUAAUAAGCAUUAUUGUGUAGUGUUCACCAAAGUUUUACUUUUCGCUUGUACACUUUACAGCUGAUUCUUCAAUGUCGACUAGUAAUCCAUUUCCUGUAGACCUUCAAAUUUGUCGUUGUUUAAAUCAUGAGGUAUUCAAUGAUUGCAUUAAUUAUUUGUAAACAUUUGUAAACAGACAACACGUUCAUUCAACAAGUUACCGUAUUACUUCAAACUGAUUCAAUAUGAAAUACUGAGGGAAGUUAUGAUGGACUUAACCUAUGAAUAUGAACUGAAUUUGUUAACAAGUCGUGAAAGGGAUGCAUAUGAGAUUCUUGCCGCAGUAUGGUCUGAAUGUCAUCUUAUUCAAGGCACGAAAAAGAUCGAUCUCGUCGACUCAGAAGAGAUAUGCAGAGAUAUGAUUGUCAACGAUAUUGUACCACUUUUGAAUAGAAACAUAGAAAAAAAGUUAGACGACAGGUUGGCGUUGUUCGCAGAUAAUAAUAAUAGUAAUAAUAAUGAUAAUAAUCAAGGUGUGUUGAAGUUUGAUAGUUUACCUUCAAUUGACGAGAUCCAAGAGAAGAAAAGUCAGCUUUCUUUGAAACUUAGAAAAUUGCAAGCGCGUUUUACAGAAGCUGUUUGUAGAAUAUACACCUUAUCCUCUCGCCUAUUUCGAGAGUAUCGCUUUGAAUUGUAUCCAAUAGUAAGCCGUCAAGCACGCCUGGUUAUAGAUAAACAAAUUCAAGCAUUACUACUAAAAGCUAAAAAUCUACAAUAUACCCUUCAAGAUACCUCUUCUGGGUCAUCAGCAAAAUUGGAUAUUCUACAGAGAACUCACCAAGAAUUAGAAGAUUCACGUCGUAAAUUGAAACAAGAAGUGGAAGAGUUGACUCGAUUGGAUAAAGCUUACGCAAGUAAAGAUGAAGCCUAUCAUGAAUUAGUGAGACAGUAUAUUGCCUGUAAACAACAAUUAUCUUUACGAUCUAAGUUACUACGAGAUACUGAUGCUGUUACUACUACCUCGAAUAAUUGUACUCGAUCUGGUCACAAAUCAUAUUAUAGUAAUAAACAUUCAUACCGUCGAUCGUUGAGUGCUGAUGGAAAUUUGAAUAAUAGAUAAAUUGUAAAUACUAUUUUUGGUAUAUGUAUAUGGCCUAUUGUUUGUAUAUAGUUAACUGUUUUUUUUUUAAUUCCUAAGAGGAAAUAUCAUGUUUUCUACUGUGUACUUUCUGUUUUUAUUUUAAUUUUCUUUGUUUGACUGAGUGAUUGACUGUCUGUCUGUCUGUCUGUUUUCGAUAUAGAACUUUGCACAUAUGUGCGGCAGUUCAAGUCGCCACACUCCCUGUGAUUAACACACAAAGCAAGAGAAGAAAGUAGAAGGAAUGCAUAAUAGAGACAGUAAACAGAGGUGUGAGACAAAGGAAUAGUAAUAACGAAGAACAAAACAGUUUCAUUGGAAAUCAUGAGUCACAAGGAGUGGAUGCAUCUGCAACAGCCAUUGAGAACGAUUUUGAGCCAUAUCACCAAUUGUUUCCAACCAUUGGUUUUUACUGUCCCGAGGACCCCAACUAUUUAGGAAGUCUACACCUUCCUACGUGGCUUAGACUAACUGUUGUAGAUUUCAUUGACUAGUGCCAUGUU